GCUAGUUCUUCCGAGUCAUGGCGUAUCUGGCUGCCCAGCACCGAGCUGCUCGGCCCCCAUGGAACUACAGCCGUGCUGUCGCCCUUUCCAAGAUUCGACUCCGCGGCUGCUCCGCUGGUGCUUUACUCUCCCGACGCUUGCUUCAUCUUUCAGCUCUCAGCAUUUGUUAUUUCCAAGAUUUGACAUCUUGUCAUCGGCUUUCCGUUUCUUGGUCCACAUAUCGCGCGCUUUCUCGGACUCGAAGCAUCAUGGCGUUGAAUCCGCCGCUUACCCCCCUCGACCUCUGCCUUCGCUGCGCGCUGCUGCUCGCCUUGCUUCUCUCUCCCACCGUCCACGCCCGUAGUAGUAACAGGCUGGAAGCACCAACGCUGUCGCGAGCUGCCUCGUUUGUCGCGGGCCGUCGCCCGACCGUCGCUCGUCGCAUGCGUCAUGCAUCAGCGGCCGCGUUAGCAGCGCCCGUCGGCAUCAAGCUCGCACCCUCGCAAUUGGGAGCACUGCGGACUCUGGACGAGGCGUGGGAAAGGAGGGUGUGGGAUUUGGGCGAGAGGGCAGUGCUGUGCUCUGACUGGAUGGGCGUCAUGUGCGGCCCCCACGGCAUGGUCACCAAACUGAACAUAGAGGGAUACGUCCUGGCGGGCUCCAUCCCCACAGACGCAUUCAGGAACCUCACCUCCCUGCUAGAGCUCGACAUGACUUGGAGCUCUUCGCUGCAAGGCAGCUUGGAUUUUCUCGGCGUUCUGCCCUCCCUGCAGAAACUUGGCUUGAGCAACUCUGAUAUCUUUUUCCCCGAGCCCGGUGCUGCCACCAACGUCACACCCAUGAACCUGCCAUCCACCUUCAGUCGACUCACUGCGCUCUCCUACCUCUCUCUUGAAUAUUUCAACCCUGUUGGGCCAGUGGACGACCUCUCCACGCUCUCUCGAUUGCAACACCUAUCCCUUGAAGGUCUCAAUCUGACUACUGGAGAACUCCCUUCCUUCUUCUCCACUCUCACUGCACUCACAUACCUGGAUUUGAGUCCACUCCCCACAUUCAAGCGCUCCCCCUCACCGUUUCCCUCGGGAAUAACAGCACUCUCAAGGCUGGAGAAACUGUUUGCAAGUGGCAAUGGUUUCACUGGUUCUCUUCCCAGCACCAUCUCUGCACUCACCAGCCUCAUUGAUCUGGAUCUUUCACACAACCAGCUUACUGGUACCAUGCCUGCUGUCCUGCCCUCAUCGGUGGUAACUUUAGAUCUUUCCCACAACCGGCUCACUGGUCCCGUGCCUGCUGCCCUGCCCUCGUCAUUAGACACCCUGGACCUGAGCCACAACAAGCUGUCAGGAUCCAUCCCAGUGUCCAUCUCACGGCUGAGGUCCCUCUCGGAACUAGAUCUUUCCCACAACCGGCUCACUGGUCCCGUGCCUGCUGCCCUGCCCUCGUCAUUAGACACCCUCCUGCUGGAUCACAACAACCUGGGCUCCAUACCUGACUUCUCUGGUGGAUCGGUCGUCUCUCACAUGGACCUGAGCCACAACAAGCUGUCAGGAUCCAUCCCAGUGUCCAUCUCACGGCUGAGGUCCCUCUCGGAACUAGAUCUUUCCCACAACCGGCUCACUGGUCCCGUGCCUGCUGCCCUGCCCUCGUCAUUAGACACCCUCCUGCUGGAUCACAACAACCUGGGCUCCAUACCUGACUUCUCUGGUGGAUCGGUCGUCUCUUACAUGGACCUGAGCCACAACAAGCUGUCAGGAUCCAUCCCAGUGUCCAUCUCACGGCUGAGGUCCCUCUCGGAACUAGAUCUUUCCCACAACCGGCUCACUGGUCCCGUGCCUGCUGCCCUGCCCUCGUCAUUAGACACCCUCCUGCUGGAUCACAACAACCUGGGCUCCAUACCUGACUUCUCUGGUGGAUCGGUCGUCUCUUACAUGGACCUGAGCCACAACAAGCUGUCAGGAUCCAUCCCAGUGUCCAUCUCACGGCUGAGGUCCCUCUCGGAACUACAUCUCAGUCACAACCCUCUCUCUGGAGGCUUGAAUGCGCUUGCUGGCAUACCCUGGAUUGAAGCAGUUUACGCUAGAUCGUGCAAUUUCUCAGGGCCUUUCCCGGCAUCUUUUUUGGAUGAAUGGUUCCACAGUCUUGAUCUGUCAUCCAACAACUUCACGGGGCCUCUUCCUUCUAUGUAUUUCGAAACGAUGACCAGCUUGAACUUGUCGCACAAUCACUUCACCGGAGCUAUCCCUCGUGGCAUCUUCCAAUGGGACUACAUCGCCAUGCUUGAUCUGUCAUUCAACAACUUCGUGGGGACUCUCCCUUCCCUUUUUGAGUAUCCAAGCGAUUGCCCAGUCGUGAUGUACUGCGGAGGACCACAACUCUCUCACUUGUACCUGAGCCACAACAGCCUCUCAGGGUCCAUCCCAGCAACCUUCUCAUACGUUACCUCCCUCGUUGAGCUAGACCUCAGUCACAACCCUAUCUCUGGUGGCUUGGAUGCGCUUUCUAGCUUGCCAUUGCUUGAUAGGAUUAACGCUGGUUCAUGCAAUUUCUCAGGCCCCUUCCCUGCAUCCUUUUCAAGUAUUUCAAAGCUCAAGCAUCUUGACAUGUCCAACAACAGCUUUUCUGGACCUUUUCCCCCAGCUGUACUUCAGAAUGGGAAACUUCGGGGCAUUGACGUCAGCAGCAACCAGCUCACCGGCGCCCUCCCUGCCUCCAUUUCCCGCAUGAGCUCUCUCCAGCGCAUGGGUCUUGGAGGAAACAAAUUGAGUGGCCCCAUACCUGCUAGCAUAGGCAGCCUUGUCCGCCUAACAUCCCUCGGUGUGGAGGAUACUCUCCUCUCUGGUGCACUCCCUGCAACGCUUGGCGCUCUCACAGCUCUUCAGCACUGGAACAUCUCUGGCUCGGGGCUGACCUGCCCUGCAGACGGCAGCAAGUGUGUGGCGCAGCAGAGCAAUGCCACCAGCUUCUGCCGCCUCUGCUUCUCCUUCUGCUCCUCCUGCACGCCCCUCAAGUUGUCAGCACCCACAGCAGCCCCAGAGUCUGAAGCAGCACCAGCAUCAGCUGCAGCACCCGCAUCAGCUGCAGCACCCGCAUCAGCUGCAGCACCCGCAUCAGCUGCAGCACUGGCCUCAGCUGCAGCACCUGCAUCAGCUGCAGCUCCCGCAUUGGCUGCAGCACGUGGAUCACCAGUGCCUGUGGCACCGUCACCUUCUACCCAGACUCCUGCCUCCCCUCCUCCCAAGCCUGCAUCUGGCCUUCCCAUCCCCACUGCUGCUGCCUUCAGCCUCUCCGCUGCUGCUGCUGCUGCUGUCUUGCUCCUUGUCCUUGCCAUGUGAAGAGCGACACUCGUGCAUUUCGUCUGUUCGAGGCUGCAAAGUUGUGUUGCAGGAAACAGGGGUGAAGUCCACAUUGCAGGACAUGGGCCCGGAAGGCACAACUGAAGGCACAACUGAAGGACGUGGGAGAUUGCGGGCGUUGGUUCUGACAAGACCAAGAGAGGGGUGAGGAUGGGACUUGUCAGGGCGCCCUUGGGUAUCAUGUGGCUGAGAGGAGGGCAUUGAGGGCACACAAUUCAAGGGACACAUAGAAUUGCUUGCACUUUGAAAUUGGUGUGCUUACUUGGUCCUGUUUGUAUGUAGGAGUGUCUGUGCAAGGUGGGUGCACGGUGCAGCUUCCGAGCCGAUGGAUGGCACCAACGUUUCAGCCAGUUAUGUGUGUUCGUAGAGUAGCACAGCCGUAGGCCACCUCUGCUUGAUUGCUUGUUUUCUCGUUUUGAAUGUGAGUACUGUUACCGGUACCGUACUUCAAACAUGGCU